GAACAAAACAUGAAUAUCAACAACAGAGGACUCUCGGUGCAGACUUGGAAUAUCAAUUUAAAACACAAAAAUUGGGGUCAACUUUCACCUGCAAUACUGAUAGCUUUCGGUUUUCGAAUAUUCGACGUUCUUUAACACAGUUUCUUUCAAUAAAUUAUAAUUGUGGAACCAAGAAAAUGUCUCUAUCCAAAGUUUUUUGUGCACAGGGCCUUUCAGGACAAGUCUUGCGGCAAUCUAGAUAUGUAGCGGGAUUAAUGACUGUAAAUAAUGGCAAAAACAACAGGUACUUAUCAUCAUCUGAAAUACAAUUUGCUAAGUUAGCUCAAGAAAAGAAGCCAGAUUGGAACAGGGCUGUCACUGAGGCUGAGAAAAUAGUUGGAUAUCCAACGUCUUUUUUAAAUUUGAGGUGGUUGCUUAGUGACGAAAUUGCUAAUGUAGCUUUGCACUUAAGAAAACUUGUCGGAUCUAAUCAUCCAUUGUUAAAAACUGCAAAAGGUUUGAUCUACAAUGGCAAAAACAACAUGCAAGCUUGGGGCCUAAUUGUUUUACUAAUUUCAAAGGCAGCUGGACAUACAGAAGACAUUCCUGAUAUGGAACAAGACAAAGCAGCCGGAGUAUUGCAUAGUCAAAGAGCACUGGCAGAAGUAACAGAAAUGAUCAGGAUAAGCCACUUGGUCCACAAAGGUUUAGUUAACUUACAACCUCCAAACAACAUAGAUGUCAGUGGAGACAUGAUGUUUGGAAAUAAAAUUGCUUUGUUAAGUGGUGACUACUUGUUAAGCAACAGCUGUAUAGAACUGGCUAAUCUUCGUAAUCAAGACCUGGUAGAACUAAUGAGUUCAGCUGUAAGAGACUUAGCGGAAGCAGAAUUUGUGGGACCGAGGGACAAGCAGAACAAUCCACUACCAGCCAAACCAAAGGCGACUCAAGUGGAAUACAAACAGUUCACUGAAAAUAAUUUGGAACCUCUGGUUGUUAGUGAAGCUUUAGGCAACGCACAGGCUGAAUGGACUUUAAGAAAUGUCUUAAAUGCAGGUUCACUUCUUGGUAAGUCUUGCCAAGGUACAUUGAAGUUAGCAGGGCAUUCAGAAGAUUUACAAGAAAAAGGUUAUCUAUUUGGAAAACAUUUGGCCUUAGCAUGGCAAGCUUGUUUGGAUAGAGAACCAUUUCAACCAGGUUCUGGUGGCGCUUUUUGUCUUGUUUGUGCUCCCUUAAUGUUCACCUUACAGCACAAGCCAGAACUUUACGAACAUAUUGAAAGAGGAACUGAAAAUGUGGAUGAUAUUGAUUAUGAUUUAUUGAGAAAAGAGGUUCUACAGGGUCCAGGUCUGGAACUUACUAAAAACCUACAGAAGGAACAUUCACAGGCGGCUCUUAAGGUUUUAAACGAACUUCCAGCAUCUGACGCGAGAACUGCGUUGGCUAAUAUAAUUGCUGCUGUACAAGAAUCGUAGGAAAACAGGUAAAGUGGUUAUUUUAACACGUUGAGUGCCAUGAGAAGUAACAUAUGUUUCACACUAAAUUUUUUAAUUUUUUCUGGGGCCACGUGAAACGUAUGUGUUGCACACGUCGAAUUAACUGUCGAGCCUUGUACAACAGCUCUUGAUUCUCAUCUCCAUAAGAAAUACAUAGGCAACGAAUCUAUAUGGCCUAUGGGUACAGCAAAUGACUUUGGCCUGUUAUUAUGUACGUAUUCUAAUUGAAUUUUAGAGUGUAAAUAAUUUAACAUGUUUUUACGUUUUUUUAUUACAAAUACAAAAUCAACAAAAAAAAAGUGAGUUUGAAAUUCUACAAACCGUUAAACUAAAUAACUAAUUAAAAUUAAAAUAAAACAAAAUACAUUCUGAAACAAAACAAAAUAAACAAAAAUAUGUUUUCAACUAAUUUUACACAAAAAAUCAAUUAUUUUUAGUGCAUUCAUGUACCUCAAAGAAGCACGAAAUACAGUAAUGUUUUUUACAAAUUUCACAGAAAAAUUUUGUAUUUUUGGCUUUCAUUUGGGCCUGUUUUCUACCGAACUCUUCGGAUAAUUUACAAUAGCAUUCAAUGCAUCGUCUUCGGCACUCCGUUAGCACAUGUUUCUGUUCAUUCCUGUUUGGCGCUGGUUCAUUGUCAACACAAUUUAUGUCUAGAAGUUCUUCACACAAAAUCUCUUUGAAAGUAGUGAUACUAAUUUUAUUUUGUGUAAGUUCCUAAUACCAUUUCUAUCGCCAGUUUACGGUACCACUUGAUACCUCUCCUAAGUGAAGAAUUAUAAGCUUUUAGUUGGUCCGACAAAUCGAUGAAUGCCUUUGAAUUGUUAUAAUCCAUCACAACUAAGGGCUUUACACCUUCUUUAUUUCGCCGUUUUACUGUAACAACUUCGUCGGUAUGUUUAGUGCUCAACAUGAGGACAUCUCUUUUAUCCUUCCAUUUAGAUAUUACCACCCCCGUGUUACUUUCCCUGGCUAUAAUAUCACCCUGAUUUAUUUUUUCAUCAACGACCACUUUUAGAUUCAGUUUUCGGUUUUUCCUAAGUGUUCCGACUAAAUGAGUAUUUUGCGCAAGAAGUGUGCGUCAGGCUGAUGCUAGUAUAAUAGUUAUCGGUAUAUAGUGUAUACCCUUUGCCUAAUAGGUCAGCAAGUAAAUUGUUUACUACACGAGUCGGUACAGGUUCAUUAUUAUUAUUCUCCUUGCCACAAUAAACACUUAGAUUGUAUGUGUAGCCACCUUUAGUACACAAUUUAAACAAUUUUACACCAAAUUUGUGCCGCUUGUUCUUAAUGUACUGGCGAAACGAUAAAUGGUACCUAUGUCUCAUCGAUACAUAUGUUUUUUUCUGGAACAACUACUGAUUGGUAUUUCGACUUUAAUAAAUUUAACAAUGGAGCGAGUUUUCGAAGUUUACUCGUAUCAGAAAAAUCCUUAUUAUCAUGAAAGUGCCACAUUGCAAGUAAAAGUUGAAAUCUGUUGCGGGACAUUAUGUUUUUAAUUUUGUUAUAGUAAAUUUUUUCGACCAAUAAGAAUGUAAGUGAGGCAUUCGCACUAGACCUAUCCAAAGUAAAAUUCCUAUAAAUUUUUUUUAAUUCCUCGGGAUUAGUUUCUUUCCACUUUCUUAGUCUAGUUUACUUCAAGCUGUGGAUCUGUUAGUUUUUGAGCGGCGUACCUAUGUGUUUCUGUAGCCAUUAACUGAAAAAUUUCAUCAUCCAAUAAUAUACUGAAAAAUUGUAAACGACAAACUUUUUUAUAUUGGUACCUGUCAUAGGAGACCAGGUCAUAUCCAAAUUCGCAGAAUCAUCGUCUUCGUUAUCAACAUCUACCAUAUAAUUUUUUAUAACUUCCUCUAUUGUCUCCGAGACAUUUAGAGUUGGUCAAUUGGUCAUAGGAUAUUGAGGGUUGAUCCGUCACACCUGAAUUUGGCAAUAAUUGGUCAUGUGAUGUUGAGGGUUGACAUUUCUUGAUGCUAGGCCUAAUAAAAAAUAUCAGUCUAAAUUAUGUCUUAAAAUUUUCAAAUAACUAUAUACCUUUCAUAUAUCCUAGUUUUUAUUUUUUUAUUUGGUGGCUCAGAAUCAGUUGAAUCAUAAUAGCUUGAUGAUGGCAUGUAGUUAUCAGAGGAACCAUCACUGAAAUCUUGACAAUCAUCAGAGAGAUACUCAUCCAUGAGUUGUUGCAACAGCGCUUGAUCCUUCUAGUAGCGUAUUUUUUAUACUCGCAAUAAACGCACCUAAUCAAGCAACGACCCGAAACCAACUAAUUCAAAUUAUUCGAAUGGUAACAGACAGGCUCAAACAAUCCCGGUCAGUCACGCAUUCAUUGCACCCCACUGCCCUCGCACACUAGUUUGCCAAUAGGACUGGCCCUACUACACAUGAUCUUGUUGCGUGAAACGCGGAUGUCUCACGUGGCCAAAACUGACAACUUUUUACUCAUAGGCCGCGUGAAACAUAUGUUGACUCACACUAAAAAAUAUGUUUUUUUUUAACUAAUUUUUUUAAAACUCGAAAUGUGUACCUAAUUAUUAAUACAUAAACUAUUUUGAACUAAAUAUCGCAAAAUUAAAAAGUGGCCAGAUGGGUUAGACUUUUUAGCAACAUUGCGGCACUCAACGUGUUAACAAUCUUGGAGAUUUGUGAAGUUAUAAUGUAUUUAUAUAUUUUUUUAAAGAAUAUUUACACAAAUUUUGUAAGUAACAAGUACUUUUUAUAAAAUUGUGAAUCUAUUUAUGAAAUGUAUGCUAGUCCAUAGAAUAAGAAAAGUAACAUUGUUGUACCUUUAUUUGAAAGAUACUGUGAUAAGAAGCAUUACAAUCCGUUCAGUCUAUUAUGUUACCACUUUGGUCAUGGGAUAUAUUGUAUUUUAUAUGUUUUUAUUAAAUUUUCUAAUAGAUUAAUGUUUUUUAAACAA